UUUACUGUUGCAAAUAUACACAAUACAAAUCCCUACUGCCACUGCUACUACUAGCAAUGAUAAUCAAUAAUGAUAAUGAUGAUGUUAGAGUAAUAUAUUACCCACCAAGCUCCCUUAAGACAAAACACAAGGGGCUCAGACAGCAUGUUGUUGUUCAUCCAUCACUGACUUCAGAUAGGCAGGUUUUCCUCCGGAGUCACGUGGUGCUGUGAGCUGAGCAUCCUUCGCAGAUCCAGCAGGCUGUGUGGCGUGUCUUCACUAGGUUACGGUAUGGACCAGUACUGCUGCUGCUACCGCGUAUAGUCACAGCAUCUCUCGCUUCUAGUCCCCCCCCACCCCACCCCACCCCAACCACCACCGCUGGACUGCUCUCCGAAAUCGCAGGUUAUGCCACCCCAAAGGCUUCCUGGAUCCCCAACCGUGAAAGAGAAAGGCUGAUCCCCGUCUUCCCCCAGCUUCCUGCUUCUCUGAACCCCAUCUUUCCUUCCUUCCCUCUCCUGCUUAUUCCCCUCUCCCAACUGCUCUAACCCCACCCAACUCCCACACCUGACGCAGCCACCCCUGUCACCCUUUACCUCUUGGACUGUUCGUCCAGUCGCACCUUUCCCCCCACAAAUCCUUCCCCACAGAAACUCCAUAGCCGGAAUCUCUGUUUAGUGUUGUUCCAGCCACCCCAGCCGUCGUUUCUGCAGACCCUUGUCCUCGUCAUAGAGCUAUUCUUCACCCACUGGCUGCACGCCAGGCCCCAUGGCUACAGGAGGUCGUGCCCCAGAGAUAGAUGUGUUGAUUAACCUACGACAGGUGAAGGCGGAAGAGGAGGAUGAGGAAGGAUCAGUGGAGGAACAGGAGGAAGAAGAGGAGGAGGAGAACUGGGAGAAAGCACUAUCUGUGGAGCGCUUUGGAGACAUCAUCAGCGACUCUGCUUCCACCAGUGGAGACAGGAUGGGCCGACACUACACUGAGAAAGACUUUGAAUACCACAGACACACAUUUCACCAUACGCACCACCCCUUAUCCACCCACCUGCCCCUGCCCCAGCGUUUACGCAAGAGGGUGCACAGCUUGGACCGAAGGCGCAAAAAGAAACGGAAGAAAAAAAAGACCUCCCUGCCCCCCUCCGAUGUUACACCCACCAUCCACGAGGUAGACGAGGAAGAGGCUGAGUCUGAGACCGACGGACAGGGGAUGGCUGCCACACCCACAGAGCUACCUGACAUCCAACCACAGUUUAGUUUGGGGAGCCAAGAGGACUUGGAGGAACCCCUCCCACUCACUACCUUCCACACGGAAAACGAAGAUCAUCCACUGUCGAAGAAAGCUGCACCCGCUCUGAUGAAGGGGGAGACUCAUAAUGGGGGAAUUGAUGUUCUUGGCCCGAAUGAAGCAUUGGAUGGAGAGGAAGCUGCUUGCAGCAGUGUUCCACCAGGAUCAGAUCCCUCCAGUUCAACCACGACCCGCGGCUGGUUCCGUAGGAAGCCCGUCCACCAUCGUCUGGCCGGCGCCCAGCGAAGCAACUACGACCUGCGAGAGCGAAUCUGCAUCGGCAGUAUGACUGCGCUGGAGACGGCCGUCUACCAGCAAGUGCCCACCGAUGAGGCCGAGGCCCAGAUGUUGGCCAGCGCCGAUCUGGAUGACAUGAAAAGUCACAGAUUUGAGGAUAACCCCGGGGUGAGACGCCACCUGGUGAAGAAGUCGUCACGAUGUCAGAUGACCCGGGCCAGCAGUUCCACGCCACUAUGCAGCCUGAAGAAGAAGAAGAGAGCAGCAGAUAAAAAAACUCACGAGUUGUUUGUGGAGCUGAAUGAGCUGAUUGUGGAUAAGGACCAUGAAAUGCGUUGGAAGGAGCGAGCUCGAUGGAUCAAGUUUGAAGAGGACGUGGAGGAAGAGACGGAUCGCUGGGGCAAACCUCAUGUGGCCUCCCUCUCCUUUCGCAGCUUGCUGGAGCUUCGCCGCACCAUCACUCAAGGUGCAAUCCUGCUGGACCUCGAGCAGAACUCUCUGCCCGGCAUCGCCCAUCUGGUGGUGGAGACGAUGAUCAUCUCUGAUCAGAUCAGAGCUGAAGACAGGCCGAGUGUUCUCCGGGCUUUGUUGCUCAAACACAGCCAUCCGAGUGAUAUGAAACAUCGUUUUCACCGCCACCAAUCAUCCAGCAGUCUUCAUGGCAGCUUCAAUCACAACCACGUCCCGGACACCAAUCUGCCGCUGGUGGCUGAAGAGCAGGAAGAGCACCAGGAUAACAAAGUGCCGGUGUACGACCCAAAACAAGACGUGUUUGUCAGCCUGUUUAAAUCUCUCCACCCUCUGCCUCCUGAGAGCCAUCCAGCUGCAGCCAGAUCGAUGAAGCUCCUCGCCAAGAUUCCCAAAGAUGCUGAAGCUGUCAUUGUUUUAGUUGGCUGUGUUGAGUUUCUGGAGCAGCCAGCCAUGGCCUUUGUCAGGUUGAAUGAGGCAGUCCUUCUGGAGUCGGUGCUGGAGGUCCCUGUCCCCGUUCGCUUUAUUUUCGUCCUGCUUGGUCCCACUCAGUCCAACGUGGACUACCAUGAGAUUGGACGUUCCUUCUCCACUCUCAUGUCUGACAAGAGUUUCCACGAGGUGGCCUAUUUUGCUGACGACAGACAGGACCUCCUGAAUGGUAUCAAUGAAUUCUUGGACUGCAGCAUCGUCAUUCCACCCUCAGAUGUGGAGGGCAAAGACCUCCUGAAGACAGUGGCGGACUUCCAGAAGCAGAUGCUGCGCAAGAGGAAGGAAAGAGAGCUCAAGAGGCACCAGUCCUCAGCUGGAAUAGAGCAGAACAACAAAGAGGUGAGUCCAGAGGAGGAGGAGGAGGGAGACCAGGAGGUGGACCCAUUGAAGCGCUCAGGGAUCCCUUUCGGAGGCCUGAUCCAUGACAUCCGCCGCCGCUAUCCACACUACAUCAGCGACCUGAAAGACGCCCUGGACAUGCAGUGCCUCGCUGCCGUCAUCUUCAUUUAUUUCGCUGCACUGUCGCCGACUAUUACCUUUGGAGGCCUGCUGGGAGAAAAAACAGAAGGCAUGAUGGGAGUGACUGAGCUUAUUGUGUCAACUGCAACUCUUGGUGUUAUAUUCUCGCUGCUUGCUGGUCAGCCCCUCCUCAUCAUAGGCUUCUCAGGACCCUUACUGGUGUUCGAAGAAGCCUACUACAAGUUCUGUCAGGCCCACAACUACGAGUAUCUGACCGGUCGAGUGUGGAUUGGUUUCUGGCUCAUCUUCAUUGUCCUGGUGAUUGUGGCUGCAGAGGGCAGCUUCCUUGUUCGCUACAUCUCACCGUUUACCCAGGAGAUUUUUGCUUUCCUCAUCUCCCUUAUCUUCAUCUAUGAGACUUUUUCUAAGCUCAUCAAGGUGUUUAGGGAACAUCCACUGAUGGCAAUGUACCCCAGUGACUCCACCCCAACUACUGAACUUCAAGAUUUUGAUCUCGUCUUCAACCAGCCUAACACUGCUCUUCUGUCUCUGGUCCUCAUGAUGGGCACUUUCUUUGUUGCUUUCUUCCUCAGGAAAUUCAGAAACAGUCGGUUUUUAGGCGGAAAGGCCAGAAGAAUCAUUGGUGACUUUGGCAUCCCCAUCUCAAUUUUAGUUUCAGUACUGGUGGAUUACACCAUCACUGACACUUACACACAGAAACUCAAUGUGCCGUCUGGCUUCUCAGUCACCUCCCCUGACAAGAGAGGUUGGUUCAUCAGCCCCUUUGGUGACAAACAGCCCUUCCCCACCUGGAUGAUGGGAGCAUCUAUUGUACCUGCCCUUCUUGUCUUCAUCCUCAUUUUUAUGGAAACUCAGAUCACUUCAUUGAUAGUCAGUAAGAAGGAGCGUCACCUGGUUAAAGGCUCAGGCUUCCACCUGGAUCUUUUGCUCAUUGUCAUUCUUGGUGCCAUCUGUCCUCUUUUCGGCCUGCCGUGGCUCACCGCGGCCACUGUGCGUUCUGUCACUCACGUCAACGCCCUCACCGUCAUGAGCAAAGCCACGGCUCCUGGCGAAAAGCCCAUGAUCCAGGAGGUGAAAGAACAAAGGGUGACUGGGCUUCUUGUGGCUAUUCUCGUUGGUAUGUCCAUCGUGAUGGAAGACGUGCUCCGCCUCAUCCCUCUGGCUGUGCUCUUUGGCAUCUUCCUGUACAUGGGGGUCACCUCUCUGACAGGCAUCCAACUGUACGAACGCAUCACACUCAUGGUCACGCCCGCCAAGCAUCACCCCGACCACAUCUACGUCACCAAGGUGAAGACAUGGCGCAUGAACAUGUUCACCAUGAUGCAGCUGGCGUGCAUCGUGGCUCUGUGGGUAGUGAAGUCUACUGAGGCCUCCCUGGCGUUCCCCUUCGUCCUCAUCAUGACGGUGCCGCUGCGCCGCGUCAUCCUCUCCAGGAUUUUCGAGGAACGUGAGCUCCAGGCGCUGGAUUGCGACGAGGAUUCUCCCAACUUUGAUGAAGAUGGACGGGAUGAGUACAACGAGAUCCACAUGCUUGUAUAAAUUUAAACUGGACCCAGCCCGCAAGACUUCCUCCGUCCUCCAGCUCUGGCCAAUCACAGCAAGCCUCUUUGGAAACCUCAGUGUCUCUGGGUAGCGGUGAAGCGAUAGGAGCUACCGUAAUGGUGUUUGUAAAAUAUUCAAAAGCUAUAGCUGGAUAAUCACUUCUUACCUUUGUUUAUUCCAGUCUUUUAAAAUAGCACACCUAAUGUUAGAUCUCUGUGGUGGUGGUGUUGUGUUAAACUCCCUGAAGAUUUUAUUGUGUCAGAGGCCUGGAAAUAGGUCUGAGCACCCAACCUGACGUGGACGAUGCAAAUCUAGCAAAAAAAACUUUUUAUCCUAUGUAUCCCUUUAAUUACUCUGCAGGUUCUGGGCAUAAGUGCAAUGAUGAUGGUGACCUCUAGGACUACAGUGGGCUGGAUGAUUUAGACUCAUUAUUGUCCUGAAGUGGGAAAUGGGGUCAACUUACUUUUAUUUCAUUCAAGAAGCGGAUUUUCUGCUGAACUGACCCUAAAUCUCAAAGCCCUAAAUUCUACUGCCUAUGUAUUUGAGCUGCCGUGUUCCUUUAUACUACUGCCACUGGCUAUAGGUUGCAAUGAUGUGCAAACAAGGAGUUAAGUAGUACUUUUCCUUUCUGUACAGACUUUUAGUAAUGAGCACUUUGACUGGGCAAAAGUUCACAUUUGUUGCUGCCAACCAAGCUCCCUGGCACAAGCCUCCUCUCUAAAUGUAGUCUCCCAUUGAAGCCAAAAUCUCUACAGAGACUGUGGAAGCCUCUUCAAGGGGUGUUACUGUACUUUGUUAGGUGUUUAAUGCCCAACAUACCAGUCCACUGACCCCAUUAUUGUGACCUUGGAUGUAUAAGUAAAUAGCUAACAUGGUCUCAACCUUAUUUUUCUACUUUGUUGUAUCUAUUUAUUCUGUGACUUUGGACUUAAUGCCAUGCCAGAUUCUCAGUGAUGUUUAGACUCCAACUAGCUUAAGAGUUAGUAUAAAAUAAAAAUAAUAUUGUGUAGGUUGACACAUUCAAAACAGAAAAUAUGUCAUUAUUCAACCAUUCUUUCAUCUUCUCUGCAAUAUUUCCAUUGCGUGGUGCAUUUUUUCACUGAUGUCAUGAAUGAUAUAAUAACACACUUGACUGGAAAAGCAUAGAAACUAAGCAAACACACAAGUACUGAAAAUGCUGGGGAACAGUUGAGUGUUGGCAGAAUGUAUGAAUGAUGCAUUGUACAGUAAGACUGUGAGCUUGGAAUUAUAAUGUACCAUCUGUGUUCAGAGUUGUUUUGAAAUGCCCAGAGAUUUAGUUUUCACCUCCUAUAUUGCGAGCCUGCUAUAUAAUUUUAAUUACCACUCAGACAUGACAAUUUUCAGAAACCUUACUUCUGUCACACAGUUGUUGAAGCAAAAUUUCACAAGAUACUUAAUUAUUCAGUAACAAAUUGUGCACAGUCUGUGAUGCUCUUAUUUAAGAAGGCCAGUGUGUUAGACUACACUCACUGACAAAUAUUCUACAAUUUUGGAGCAUUCUCUGAAUGUCGUGCAGACAUCGGAUUUAAGCAACUAUGGGAAGUUCUGCCAACUUUCUCAAACAUGGUAAUAAGGUUUUAUUAAAAGUAAUAGGCAAAGAUAUCAGCAGAGGCACUUGGACUUGAAUGACGAAAUGAGUUAGUAUACCAUUCCUCUGGCAUUAUCUCUGCAGUGUAAAGAGGCCUACUGAACUCUGUAAUCACUGAUCAAAUUCAAGGACAAUAGAGAUGACAGGAGUUUCCCUGAGAGAUAAUUAGUAUGCAGAAUCCUUCCACCUCCUAUCUCCACACUUUUCACUUAUUCACCUCUACACUGUACCUGCUGCUGUGGAUAAAGAACUUUAUGGUGGAAUCAGAAAGAAAAGAAACACUGUGUGACAGCUGAGGAGGUUUCUGGAAAUAGCUCUUGUUUUCUUUUGAUAAUAAUGAUUACUGCUGCAGGCAAACUUAAAAACUCCAAAGUGCUAAAAAGUGAAGCACAGAUUUUGACAUUGUAAAAUUACAUUAAAAGAGAAAAUAUUUUAAUGGUCAGCAGUGUAGUAUAGUUUUUGUAAGCUACCCACAAGAAUGAUCUCAUGUCAUAUACCCAUGCCCUACAUUACGAGCCAUGCAAGAACUCUCUCUCAGGGGAAACUGACCUUCGAUCUGUAAAUAUUGCUUCCCAGCCUUUAGUUUGUUGUCUCUUUUGUGUACAUAAAGCGGUCAAGGCAAUCCAACAUAAAAUAUAUGGCUAACAGUCCAGGAUUAUGUGUUGUACAAUGAAGAAAAAGAGGUCAAGAGAAGAGAAUAAUGUGUUUACUCCGGUGAAGUGACAUGGAAUUAUAACUGUAAAUUAAUUAUUUUUUCCCCCUCCUCCAUUGUUCUCUUUGCACUUGAAGUUAAACUUUGAUGUGAAGCACACACCUGCUGUAAUCUGUGUUUCAUUCUGCAGCUCCCCAAGUUAAUGAGUUACUCAAUGUGCUUUACAUCAGCACUCUAUAGAAGUUUCAUUUGAAAAAAAGGCUGCACUGUUAAUGGACCUUUUCAUGUUUCAGGGACUGGAAUGGCAAACUGAGGGCAAAGACACUGAUAUAUUUUCUCCAUUAUACAAGGCCCCACUGUGUUCAUGACAUUACUGAAUGUAAAUGUUUGGCGGUCUGUAUUUUCAGGCACAUGAUUUUACUUGUCAGGUUUAGCAAAGUUGAAUUACAAUUUAUCGAGUUUCAUUAACGGCAAAGCUACUCAGUGAUAUUUGACGGUUAAAGAUGCUUUGAGCUCGCAAGUAGGAUUAUGUGUUAGAUGUAAGUGAGUAUGGCUGUAGCCUAAAGUUUAGAAAUGCUGAGGUUUAGCCAAAAUCUCACCCCCACAAAUAGUUUUAAAGAGAGCAGGGGAACAACAUUUAGGGGUGAAGUUGUACCAUUUGAAUACAGCUCAGCUUUUCAAGCAUGUAGGUGAAACGACAGUGGCUGCAAAGCGCAAAAGGCCCUAUGUAGAGCCAGUGUUUGGCUUGUUAUAAUCUUCUUUUAUAUAUGUUUAUAUACAUAUAUAAAUAUAAAUAUAACUUUAAAUUAUGAAAAGUAACUUAAAUUCGUGUCCACACAUUUCUAGAACAAAAACACAGAGGACAUGACUUCUGUGAAAUAGUAGCUACAGCCCUAAAAGCAAGCAGUAAGGUUUCCUCUGCUCUCUGUCUUCAAAGUCACACAUUCUGUGUUUUGGCAGUUUCUAUUCCUUUCAUGUAAACUCCAACUUGAAAGAGAAGAGUCCAUUGAAUUGAAGCAGUUUGACAUUCUCAAGACCUCGGACUUCUUGACUAUCAGCUCCAUAAAAGCUUACAUUUGUUUUGUGCGUCAGGAAUAGUUUUGACAUUAAUAAACCUCCAUACAUAACCAGAGCAGGCUAAUAUUUAGUUGAUUAUUCACACAACACUUACUGUACAAGUGCAAUGCUAUAAGAAACAAAGAUUAGAUGGACACCAACUGUGAUUGGAAAAAGGCUGAAAACAUUUUGACCUGGGGACAAAAUGUCUUUUCAAAUAAAGAUUAGAAUCAUUGUGCAGUUGUUUCUUAACUAAUAUUCCAUUAGAGUGUUAACAUCUGUGACUUUCGACCAAUCAUUAUUUGGUCCCUGUAGUUAGCGUCUACCUUCUGAGUCCAGUGAAAGUGUAAUUGCUCUGCUGGUUGACCCACAGUGGUAUAAGAGUCACAAGUGCCAAUGUCCUUUGUUGUCUGAGAACACAAGUCUGUUAGACUGUUCAACACAUCCACGUGCUCUUGUUAUGACAAGAACUGGUGUGUCUGAGUAUGUGUGGACGCCAUAGCCAAGACAGAGCCGGCAAGCAUAUACUUAGCAAAACAUCCUUUCGGUAUUUACACAAGAGAAAAAGUGGAAUUGUGGGUAUUAUUUAAGAUAAUAAAAGGUGUGGUGCUGCCACUCUGUCCUGUCUGGCCGCUAGAUGUUGAAACACGCAAGAUGAAAAGAAAAAUAGUUUUUUUGACCCUCAAACAGUUCUGCCAUGUCAAUGUUCUGAGUUCACCACAAAUCGUCGCCUUAUACCACCAUGGUAGCAGGGCAGACCACCCACCCAAAUCCAAGACUUGGCUCUGUUAUUUUUGAACCUCUUUUAAUUCAACGUCAUUGGUUUGAGUAAAGACGUCUGGCGAUCUUGGAGUUCUAGCAUAUGGAAUAGUGUAUUAGGUUUGACCGUUAUUUAAGUAUAAAUCAGAUAUGUGUGAAAUUAGAUGAACUAUUAUAAGGAAGGUUGUUCACGGCGAUAUUUCCUCAAGAGCAACAGAGUUAUAGUGAAUAGUAUCUUCUGGAUACUGCAGGAAUGCAAUUCAUUUGUAUUUAAUUGCACAUCAUACCAAAGGAUUAGUUCCUUAGCAGGAUUAGUUUCCUAAUUUUGGUCUUCGUUGUCACAUUUUGUUGAUCUCCUUUGUUGUAAAUGAAAUAUUAAUCCUUUGUGUAUAGUCUUUUUUUUUAUUCAGUGACAUUCUCAAUAUGAAAGGUUUUAUUUAAGUGUUGUGACAGGUAUGUUCAUUCAGGAACGUGCCACACCACUCAUUUAAAGCUAGAUUUCCAUAAAACUUCAGUAUUUAUCUCAAAGCUGCAUUAAGCAAUUAUGCUGGGCAAGUGCACUCAGCGGAGAACAGAUCUGCUGAUUUGAGAGUUGAUUCUCAGUGUGAUUGGCAGUUAUAGCAACAGUUUCACAUUAUAGGCAGUCACUAGAUUCAACGUUGAAAUUGAAAACAUUGCUUAAUGGGGCUUUACUUUGCUUUGAUAACACACAGCCGUUCUUCAUGAGGUCUACACAAUUCUUUUAUGUAUACUAAUCUGAUGACAAAUUAUGAAAUGCAGUAUGUUUGCAUUCGUAACAGACUGACACUUUGUCAUGUGGAUACUUGAAUAGCAGGUCCAUCUUGCUAUUGCUGUAAAGAGGUUUUCAAACAACUGUAAAACAUUAUUUUUUUGUCUGAAAUAAAUAUUUAUUAUGUGUUUCAAAUAAAAAA